AUAAAUGCAUUACUAUAUAUUGUAUAAUUUUAUGUGUUCUCAUAAUUUAGUAAAUUAAAGCAUGUAUCCUUUGGGUUCAGAAUUGGAAUUUUAAACCAAGAGCUAGCCUUGGACAUGUAUAUAUGGGCGUCUGAAUUCUUAAAGCUUUUAAUAGUAAAAACUCCAUUUGGUUUAGUGGUGGUGACAGUCUUGAGCCACUUUUAUUAGAAAGUAAAAAUGUUGAAGACAUGAUCACGCAUAUUUACAUUUUGUUUGGAAACUCCAUUUCCACAAGGACUGGUUCUUCUGAUCAAAAGCUGGGUUUCAAAACAGUCCACUUUUGGGUGAGAAUUCGAGGAACCUCACGGGGUGCACGUGUGUGCAGCAACCUGCAAAGCUAUUAUGUACCAAGAGAUUGUCGCUACAAGUUACAACUCAUCAUGCUAAACAAACGACGUCGUGUGUUAGUGACUCGAAUCUUCAAAUAAAUCGUAAUCAUGAAAUCACAAAAGUAAGACUUGGCAUCCCAGAAUACUAUUAAAAGAAAGGCAGCAAAUAAAUCAAUAAAAAAAAAAAGGUUGGGACGAUCAAAUGAAAACCGUUGGAUCAUCAAAGAAGAAUUAUAACUGGAUCACGAGAAGAAUAUACAAUUUUUAUUAAAAGAAAAAAGAGCAAAAAUUUAAAAUAAAGCAAGAAAAUUCAUAGCUUUGAGAAAGAAAAAAAAGAAAUUCAUACUUGCAAAAGGAAAGGGGAACGAACGAGAGAAUAUAACCCAGAAAAUAAUAAAAAAAAAAUUUCAUCAAGUCAACAAAGAACAACGAACGAAAACAAAACAGGUCGGAACAAGUUUGAAUGUUAUCAUCAUCAUCAUCGUUGUAAUCGCUUUUUCUCUUUCUCAUCUGGGUAUUUCCUCUGUUGACCUUCAUCGCUUCUUUCUAAAUUCAUUUGUCUCUGUUUGUUUGUUUGUGGGGGAAUGUGUAGCUUCCCUCUUGUACACAGAAUCGGAUUCGCCGAAAGUUUGAAUUUUUAUUUGAAUUUCGUAUAAAAGGUCGUGACUUUUGAUUCUGUUUAUAAAGUUGUAGGCUUGAUCUAGUUUUUGAGUUCUGAUGGAUUUGGUUCUUAUAGGUCUUGUUGUUAUGUGGGAUGAUUAGAGAAUCUGAGUUAUAAAAAGCUAUGUGGAAACAGAUUCUGAGUAAGCUUCCCAAAAAGUCUUCAAAGAACGAUCAUCACCAUCAUCAUCGUGGACGUGAACACGGUGCUGGUCAUUCCUCUUCAUCCUCUCAUGCUUCCACUUCCAAAAGCAGUGACAAUGGCCAUGGAAAGUCAGCCAACUCUCACACCAAGAACGCUCCUUCAGGCGGGAGAUCCGCUGGAAACACCAACACUAACAACAAUGGAGGAGUCUUCAUUCCUUAUGAAGCAUUACCGAGUUUCAAAGACGUACCCAACACCGAGAAGCAAAACCUCUUCAUAAAGAAGCUGAACUUAUGCCGUGUAGUGUUUGAUUUCACAGACCCUACAAAGAACAUCAAGGAGAAAGAUAUCAAGAGGCAGACAUUGCUUGAGCUUGUGGACUACGUGAACUCCGCUAACGGCAAGUUCAGCGAGGUGAGUAUUCAAGAAGUGGUACGCAUGGUCUCUGCCAACAUAUUCAGAACGCUAAACCCUCAGCCACGUGAGAAUAAAGUCAUAGACGCCUUAGACUUAGAGGAGGAAGAGCCUUCCAUGGAUCUCGCCUGGCCUCACUUGCAGCUUGUCUACGAGCUUUUCUUGAGGUUUGUUGCUUCACCUGACACUGACACCAAGCUGGCUAAAAGAUACGUAGACCAAUCCUUCGUCCUGCGGUUACUAGACUUGUUCGACUCAGAGGAUCCUAGAGAGAGAGACUGUCUCAAAACCAUCCUCCACCGGAUCUACGGUAAGUUCAUGGUGCACCGUCCUUUCAUCAGAAAGUCCAUAAACAACAUCUUCUACCGGUUUGUAUUCGAGACAGAGAAACACAACGGGAUCGCUGAGUUUCUCGAGAUCUUGGGGAGUAUCAUCAACGGGUUUGCUCUUCCUUUGAAAGACGAGCACAAAGUGUUUCUCGUCCGGGUUCUGAUACCUCUCCACAAACCGAAGUGCUUGCAGAUGUAUCAUCAGCAGCUGUCGUAUUGUAUCACGCAGUUUGUGGAGAAGGAUUGCAAACUUGCUGAUACGGUUAUUAGAGGGUUGCUGAAGUACUGGCCAGUGACGAACAGUUCCAAGGAAGUCAUGUUUCUCAAUGAGUUGGAGGAAGUGCUUGAAGCAACGCAGCCACCAGAGUUCCAACGGUGUAUGGUGCCACUGUUUCGCCAGAUUGCUCGAUGCUUGAACAGUCUGCAUUUUCAGGUUGCAGAGAGAGCUUUAUUCUUAUGGAACAACAAUCACAUAGAGAAUCUGAUAAUGCAGAGCCGCAAAGUCAUUCUACCAAUUAUAUUCCCUGCGCUGGAGAGAAACGCGCAGAAGCAUUGGAACCAAGCUGUUCAUAGCUUGACACUAAACGUCCGGAAGAUAUUUAGCGACCUUGACCCUGAGUUGUUCAAGGAAUGCCUUGCUAAGUUCAAAGAAGAUGAAUCAAAGGAAGGUGAAACCAAAGCGAAACGCGAAGCCACUUGGAGACGUCUGGAAGAAGUUGGGAUGCGAAAGGCUUCAUGAGGUUAGAAGAGCUGUAAAGAAGAAAAAAAUGAGAGAGAGCUUUUCGUGUCUUAUCCACUGGAGUGUGGUAUGUUCUUCAGAUACUUCUGAUAUCAAAUUCAGGAGAAGCAUUGAAGAAAAGUGGCCUCUUCUUGAAAGUCAAUAUGUAAGAUUGUUCCCGUUUUGAUUUCUUCUUUGAAGCUUGUUAAUGUUUUUUUUCUUCUUCAUUUGCUAUAUUUGUCACAUCUCUGUUACUCUUUUCCUGAGACUGUCUCUGAUUCAUUUUAACUUCUCCUUCUGAUGAUAUCUGCAAAAUUGCAGCGUUAGGAGUUUGCCACAAGAAUCAGCUUGUUGUUUGUAUUAAAUACUUUUUCCCUUUCACUUGUAUAUUUUUUUUAUUUAAAAA